AUGUAUUCAUUGGCCAGGAAACGCUCAGCCUGCCAUUUUCUCACGUUUCGUGCUCGCCAUGUUCGCGCAAUAUGCAGUCGUUUCAUUCAUCAGAAUGGCCCUGAAAACCGGCUAUCCAGCUUCUGGAUUCCCACCGGCGGAAUAACUUCCUCACGUGCUGUGAAUGCCGUAGAAGACUCUCACGCGCUUCUCCUGAGAGCUGGAUUUUUGCGCCAGGCUUAUUCUGGAGUGUUCCACCUCCUCCCACUGGGACUUCGGGUGCAGGAAAAGCUCGAAAAGUUGAUCGACAAGCAUAUGCAGAACCUUUCUGCAUCUAAGCUGUCUUUAUCUACCAUUUCAUCGGAAGAACUCUGGCGUACAUCGGGGAGGCUUCAAGGAGAAAGAAAUCCAGAACUGUUCCAUUUUCAGGAUAGGAAAGGAAGUCGAUAUCUUUUGUCUCCAACUCACGAAGAAGAGAUUACGGCCUUGGUUGCCAGCAUUUCGAAAUCCUACAAAGACCUCCCAAUUAGGCUCUAUCAGAUAACUCGCAAGUAUAGAGACGAACCGCGGCCUCGACAGGGGUUACUCAGAACCAGAGAGUUUUUGAUGAAAGACCUCUAUACAUUCGACUAUUCCACUGAAAAAGCCUUACAGACUUACAACGACGUUCGCGGUACAUAUGAAAAAAUAUUUGGUGAACUAAAGCUGCCAUUUCUCGUAGCUGAAGCGGAUUCAGGCAAUAUGGGCGGAAGCUUAAGUCAUGAGUAUCAUUUUCCAACAUCCAAGGGCGAAGAUUAUGUCAUCAGCUGCUCUGGAUGUGGUUUCGUUUCCAACGAAGAACUCGCUGAGGGAAAGGUUGAACAAGGGACUUUAAACUCGCCGGCAUUGCGCGACAAGAACGGUUCUGAGCCAGCUACAGCCCUCGCUCCACCAGGUGUAUGGUUUGGUAUCACGAAAGAUCGGCGCUCUCUGAUAAGAGUAUACUAUCCUUCCCAGUAUGGGAAUGACACACGUGUCACCUCAUCCGUAAACGAAGAAGUAAACACCCAUGCCGUUAAGAGGGUUGUCCCGACGCUCGAUGCUGGCAUUGAACAGCCGCUACAACUUUGGAAAGAAGAAAUGCAACGGACGGAAGACCAUCGUCUUCCCGGCGCUCCGAAUAUAGUCAAUGUUUUUGACUAUCGAGUCCACUCUUAUGCCUCAUUUGCACACUCCGAUAAUGGACUUUGCUUCUUGCAUUCGAUGGUUGGUUCGAGAAAUGUUAAAAGCGUUUCGCAGACGGACAUCUUAUUGCAUCCUGAAACGAAUCGGCCAAUGAACUUGACAAGAACCUUAGAGGGCGACCCUUGUCCCAAUUGCGCACAUGGAUCACUCAGGGUGCAAAAAGCCGUCGAAUUAGGACAUACGUUCUUCCUCGGCUCUAGAUACAGUAAAUCCUUCAAAGCAGAAGUUGCCAUUCCGAAAAGCUUAUUGCCAGAACCGGACUGCAAAGAUGCAAUUUCAAAUGACUCACCGUCCAAUCGUGCUCGAGAAGCGGUCACACCGGAGCUUGGAACUACGCAAACCGUUCUUCAGAUGGGUUGUCAUGGCAUAGGAGUUUCGCGAAUGAUUGCUGCCGUCGCCGACUCACUUGCAGACGAGAGAGGUCUGAAUUGGCCACGCGUCAUGGCGCCAUUUGAGGUGGUUAUCAUAGCGAAGAAUGGCCUGGAAGACGAUGCUUCUCAAGUUUAUAAUCUUCUCAGUUACGGGAAAAAUACCAUCCCAUCGCAGAGGAGCAGCUGUAGACAACUCGAUGUUGUCAUCGAUGAUCGGAACAAAAGCCUCCCCUGGAAAUUGUCAGAUGCUGACUUGAUUGGCUAUCCAGUCAUCGUCGUGCUAUCAAAAUCCUGGAAGGCUGCGCAAAAAUGCGAGGUGCAAUGUCGACGGCUCAACGGUUUGAAGACAGAAGUGCCGUUGGAUGAGCUAGGUGAAUACGUAGAAAGCUUGUUACAGAAACUUUAG